GUUGGUUUGUCACUUCUUCCACUGGUGUGGCGCUUCCUGGGUUUUCUUUGGCGUCCCUGUUGGCAUCCAUGAUGUUACCCUUAUUUCCUACAUCUUCCAUGAGUGCCUCUGUAAUGGCUGAUGUUCCGGUCUGCUACAGGAUAGGACUGGCUUUGCUUGGGGCCAUGAAUCAGAUUCAGGAAGGUGUGGAACAGGUUUCAAGAGAGAUAACUAUGUUAGCUCGUGUUCAGACCUGACACAGCUGCGUUCCCUCAACAGCAUAAAGGCUCUCAUAGCGUCUCCUAGAUGGCGUACUCCACCAGUACCCUUGCAGAGGGCUGUUUUGGGAAAGUGUACAAGGAGAAGUACAAUGAUACCUGGGCUGCUAUUAAGAAAGUUCCUCAACAUCUCAUCAGCUGGAAGGAUCUGGAGAGAGAGAGUGAAGUAUACAACAAGUCAAAACAUCCCAACAUAGUGAGGCUUCUGGGCAAAAUAACUCUUAAAGAUGGAAAAUGGAUCAUUCCACUAGAGUUUGUCUUCGGAGAGGACCUGGAGACCACCAUCUUCAAGGCGUCAAAGUCUAAAAUAUCGUUGACUCCAGCUAAUAAAGGCACAAUCAUUGUCGGCAUGUGUGAAGGGCUGCUUCAUCUACACUCCAGAGACAUUGUCCAUCAAGACCUCAAGCCUGAAAACAUUAUGGUGGAGCAUAACACAAACAGAGCAGUAAUUAUUGAUCUGGGACUGGCCAAGUUCUUCAGACGUGGUCUAAACUCUGCAGUGGACAUGGGGAACGAGGCUUACUCGGCUCCUGAGGUGCUGCAGAGGGGAAGCCAGAGAGAUCAGCGUUCAGACGUCUGGGCCAUGGGAAAAAUCAUAGCUGAGCUCUGUGCCCGGAUUCGUCUGUACACACCCAGCGUCUGUCCUGACAAAAUCAAGGAUGUUUUAAAGGACCAGCCAUACUGCCCUGUUGUGUGUAGGAUGGUGGAGCAGAACCCAUCUCUGAGGGCCUCCAUGGGAGGGGUCAUUAGUGAUAUUCGAAGAGCUGCAGGAACGGGCAUUGUCACCAACAUACCCAUUCAAAAAGAGCAUCUUAAACCACCUACACCUCACAUUAAUGCCAGAAACCACUCUCCAUCACCACCGAACAGAGAUGCACAUCCACCAAUCAGGGACCCAUCACCAAUCAAUCGAGUUGUUUCUCCACCUAACAAGGAUCCAUCACCGUUAAACAUUGUCCAUCAAGACCUCAGACAUCAGUUUGACAGACAUCCGUCACCUAUGAAUAAGCCUACAGGGCGGAUAUUUGAACGUUCUCCCAGACCAGAGAUAAAACCUUUGCCUCGAACUGUAGUGCACCUUCCUCCUUCCCCCCAGAGGCUAGAGGAGAAGAACAAAAAUCACGAUCUGGCGCUGAAAGGUGGAUCGGAUGUCGCACAGGACCUCGUGAAAAUGAAGUUGUUACAAGAAGCUGCCAAGGAUCUUCCCUGCAACCUGCCAACGACGGGGAGGGUGGUGGUGCGGCGUUUUGUGGAGAAAAACGGGGAAAUGGGUUCAUGGGAGCAGACCGAGGUGGUGACUCGUGAUGGAAAGAUAGUCAAGUUUGAUGAUGUCAAGUUUAACAGCAAAUGAGAGUAUCUGGGAGAGUUAAAAAAUAAUUGCAUGUUCACUCAGCUGAAAGAGUCGACAGAGUUUAGGUGCAGUAGACAUUGCAUGGAAUGUAACAGGAUAUUAGUUUAUUUUAAGGAAUUGAUUAGUUUUGAGUUAUUUCCAAAUUAAACUUUCCAUUAGCGUAUGCUUAGUUCCAAAUUUAUUUAUAAAAUCAUCAGUUUCAAUUGCAAACCUAAAUGUUGUGGAUUUUGGUAUGCAUUAUGCUCACUGUGAGCUCUGUGAGUGAGACUUGUAAUGAGAUUAUCUCCAGUUGAAAAACUGACAUUUAUAUAUAUUUUCUGUUGGCUAAAAUGUGCAGUGGUGUUUACAUUUGAAAUGUGUUUUGGUAGUUUUGAUUAAAUAAAUGACUGUGAGAAAUUUGAGCAGGGAAUUUGGGUGCGGUAUACAGAAUGGGUCAGUGAUGUAUUGAAACUGUCUGGUUAGUAUUUCUGCUAUUUUUUUUAACAAGUUAGUGAUCUAAUCUUUAAGCUUUACUGUGCAUCAGAGUCUCCUGUGUCUGAUAAUCUUUUUUUUUAAAUGACUGUAAAGUAAGACAAAUAAAUCCAGCAAACUUUAUCUAUGAGUUGCUGGAACCAACAAGUGAUUUGUUGCUGGGUUGAUUUGAUGCUAUUGUGUUGCAGAAGUUCUUGCUACACUGUUCUUUACAGGUCAGAGUGAACAAAGGUGAUGCGCUAUUCCACACCCAUUUACAAGAACAAGAAGAACCUGUCUUAUGAUUUUUUGUAAUUACUCUUGCAGUAAUAAAAUGCGUCUUCCAAUCUCAUGUAGUUGUACACAUCAGCAUUAAAGUUGCUUUUUAGUGUUUCUAUGUGC